UGAUCAUUCUCUCUUCAUCCUGAGCGUCCGUCAGGGAAGCUCCUCCAGCUUGCUCUUCUCCUCCUGCUGCUUUGCUUCUCUCCACCUCCACCAUGGCUCCAACACUGGCCACAGCCUUCGCCAGGCGCUGGUGGAUGGCAGUGACCGCUAUCGUCGAGAAUCUGCUCUUCUCUGCUGUGCUGCUGGGAUGGGGAUCGCUUCUCAUCAUGCUGAAGUCAGAGGGCUUCUACUCAUACCUUUGCAACGAGGAGGGUAACAGCUCCAGCUACAAUCUCUCCCAACCAAUGCCACCACCUGAUGAGUACGCUGACAUUUUUGAAAAUGAUGAGCCCAAGAUGAAGUUGGGAGAUGGUGUGGAGAUGAAGCCCCUGGUUUCUCAAGAGCCCCUGAGGAUGAACGGGUGGCUGAUCUGUAAAGAACAGGAUGAGAUGCUGAACCUAGCAUUCACAGUAGGCUCCUUCCUGCUCUCAGCCAUCACACUGCCGUUGGGGAUCGUGAUGGACAAAUAUGGGCCUCGCAAGCUUCGACUGCUGGGCAGCACAUGCUUUGGGUUCUCCUGCCUGCUUAUUGCUUAUGGAGCCUACAAGCCAAACGAGCUCUCUGUUCUCAUCUUCAUUGCCCUGACUUUCAAUGGCUUCGGGGGCAUGUGCAUGACCUUCACCUCUCUCACACUCCCUAACAUGUUUGGAGACCUCCGUUCAACCUUCAUUGCCCUUAUGAUUGGCUCUUAUGCAUCCUCUGCUGUCACCUUCCCUGGUGUUAAGGUCAUCUAUGAUUUGGGCAUUUCUUUUAUCACCAUACUGGUGGUAUGGGCUGCUUGUGCUGGUCUGGUCUUCCUUAACUGCUAUUUCAACUGGCCUCUAGAACCAUUCCCAGGACCAGAAGACAUGGACUACACAGUGAAGAUCAAGUUUAGCUGGCUGGGCUUUGACCAUAAAAUCACUGGGAAGCAGUUCUAUCGGCAGGUGACCACAGUGGGCCGUCGUCUGAGCGUGAGCAACAAUGUGAAACAGAAAGAGGUGGUUGCUAAUGACGGACGCAACCUCUGCCUCUCCACUACGGACCUGGAGAUGAGCAGCAAGCCACAGGAAGAAUCCGAGUCAUUCCUGAAGAGCAUCAUGAGCCCCAUCUUCCUGCUAAGUGCGCUGACCAUGUGCAUCACUCAGCUCCGCCUCUUGUUCUACAUGGGGGCCAUGAACAGUGUCCUGGAGUCGCUCUGUGAUGGAGACCUCAAUACAGUGAGUCUGUACUCGUCCAUCUUUGGCGUGCUGCAGCUGCUUUGUCUGAUGACGACCCCUGUGAUUGGUCAGAUCAUGGACUGGAAACUGAAGGAGUGUGAUGAUGGUGACGACGACAAGGAGCCCUUCAGCAAGGAUGAACCAAAGCGGAGGGACAAGAAAACACAGAAAGUGACCAACGCCCUGCGAGCAUUUGUCCUCACAAACGUGCUGUUGGUGGGUUUUGGAGUCACCUGCCUGAUACCUGAUCUCCCUUUACAGAUCGUGUCAUUCAUUUUGCACACUGUGGUGAGAGGAUUCAUUCACUCUGCUGUUGGAGGACUUUAUGCUGCUGUAUAUCCCUCGUCACAGUUUGGCAGUUUAACUGGGAUGCAGUCGCUGGUCAGUGCAGUUUUCGCUCUCCUGCAGCAGCCUCUGUUUUUAGCUAUGAUGGGACCUCUGGGAGGAGAUCCAUUCUGGGUUAACAUUGGACUCCUUGUGCUCAGUAUGCUGGGCUUCUUGCUUCCUAUCUACCUGAUCUGCUACAGACGGACGCUUCAUCAACAGCAACAGCGGAAAGCAGAAAAUGCAAAGAUCUACAUUAAAAUCAAUGGCUCGGACGUCCCAGAGGCCUUCGUUUAGGGAGAAGAUGAUGACCAAGCGAGGAACGGAAAAUAAAAGGAGAAAUAUUUUGUUAAAGGCCUAACUAAAUGUCAAACAUACAAUUUGCAAAUUCCCAAAGUGAAAAACUACUGGGAAUGUUGUCAAGGAAAUUGGUCCAAUGGACAGUUGGAGAGCUGAGAAGUAGAAUGUAAAAGGGAAGCGAGGCGCAACAGAGGAGAAACUGUGAAAGGAAGGAGGCGUCAGCCGUCUGUAUUCCCCCAAAUCCUCUCUUAAGUGGCAAAAAAGCAUGGCCCCCUUCCAGUGUUUAGACUGCUCCCGUAUCCCCACAUGAGCCGUUUUUUGUUUGUACUUACUCAAAAUAAUCUUCGUCUCAUCACCCGGUGCUAUUUAUCAGUCUGUCAGCUGGAUUUCUCCAAGAGACGUGUAGAAGAGCCAAGGAGUAAAUUAGGAAGUCAGAGUAGAAACUUGCUGCUGAUGCUUUUUUUUUUUUUUUUUUUUUUUGGACGAGUAGAAAAGACAACGAGGACUGUUGACCUAGAUUUGUUUCAACGCUAACAUCUGAUGAACAUGCUGUAGUGCUGGAGGAUCGUCAGGAUUUCCUGACUAGAAAUUAAGUAAACUGGGAUGCUUUUCUAAAAAAAAAAAAAGAUGUUUGUUUAGAGUAUUUAUUUUGUUUAAUGCUUUAGAGGUUUUAUACAUUUAAUGGAGGUGUCAUUGUGUAAAAGCAGACAGUAGAUCGUCAAAUGUUCACAAGCGUCAUUGAAACAAAUUAUUUCCAUUUAUUUAAUGCAGAAACUGAUAAUGCUACAGCUCGGGUGUUUCCUCCGGUCUUUUUGCCUGAUGUCAUGAGAAAAGCAGCACUUUUACCCGCCUUCUUCUGCGCAGACUCAGCUCAUGGCGGCACUUUCUCUAGACGCCUUUGGCCUUGAGAAAUCUCACCACAGAAUCUUCUGAAGUGUGUGUGUUCUGUUAUGCAUGUUCAUCUGGAAGUUCUUGGUGUGUUCAGACUGUACAAUGUUGCUUGGGUGUCAUGUAGUGCAGGGUUUUAUUUGGAUGGAGCGCCCUCUGCCACUGCUGAAGCUAAAGAAAAGAUAUUUUUUAAUUGAGGGUUCCAUGUUGAAAGUGGAAACAUUUGUGGGAGGAAAUAAAGAGUGUGCUUUCAUUCAUUGCUCA